AUGUCUGCUGAGAGCCCUUCUCCUAGUGGAUAUCCUCCCAAGGAUUACCCACAAGUCGAGAACAUUGAAGAUCCCUCUGCCUCAUCAAACAAUGCUCCCAUCGUUUUUCUAGACGAGGAGAUCUCAUAUGGAAAAGGUGGCAUUCGCGGUGUCGUUCAAUCGCCCUACAUCUUCGGCGCUGCCUUCUUAGCAUCCAUGGGAGGCUUCUCCUUCGGUUACGACCAAGGAGUCAUCUCCAUCGUCAACGUGAUGAGCCAGUUUCAUGAGGCAUUCCCUCGCACUGAGACUGCGUUUGGCAAAGGCUUCAUGACUGGCAUGCUAGAGCUCGGGGCUUUCAUCGGAUGCCUCUUCAUGCCUACGCUCGCCGACAAAAUCUCACGCAAAAAGGCUCUUUCAAUCGUUGUUGUCAUCUUCAACAUUGGCGCUAUCAUGCAGACUGCAGCUAACUCCUACGGCCUUCUGGUGGCUGGAAGAACUAUAGGCGGUAUUGGCGUUGGGACGCUUGCAAUGGGUGCACCAAUCUACAUCUCAGAAAUCGCACCGCCCAACCUGAGAGGAACGCUGCUUGUCCUCGAGUCUGUCUCAUGUGUUCUAGGCGUGGUCGUAUCUUUCUGGAUCACCUAUGCUACCCGCCAUCUUCCCGGCGACCUCUCUUUCCGACUCCCGUUUGGUCUUCAGAUGGUCUGCAGCACUAUUCUCGGUAUCGGCAUCCACUUCUUUCCCUACUCACCACGAUGGCUUGCCCUUGUUGACCGAUCAGACGAUGCGCUGCAGAGCUUAGAAAAGCUACGUCGACUCCCCAGAACCGACCCUCGCGUUGAGAAAGAACAUAUCGGUAUCCUCAACGAAGUGGCACUGCAGAAGAUCAUGCAAGAGAAGCGACACCCAGGCGUCAGCGGCCUCAAGCUUGAGAUUCUUGGCUGGAAGGAUCUUUUCCAGAAGAAGUCCUGGCAUCGAACUUCCAUCGCCGUUGGAGUGGCCUUCUUCCAGCAGCUUUCAGGCAUCAACGCAUUCAUCUACUAUGCCCCUACACUCUUUCAGUCCUUGGGUCAAUCCUCUGAAAUGUCUCUGAUCAUGUCUGGUGUCUUCAAUAUGUUACAACUUGUUGCAGUGACGGUUUGCUUUUUCAUCAUCGACAAAGUUGGACGACGGCCACUAGCGAUCUGGGGCGGCAUUGGAGGUGGCACAGCAUGGGGCAUCAUGGCAGUUUUAGUGGGUGUAUUCAAUGACAAGUGGAGUUCCAAUCCGUCUGCAGGCUGGGCUGCCGUGGCAAUGGCCUUUUGCUUCAUCCUCAUCUACGGAGUCUCCUAUGCUCCAUUGGGCUGGGCUCUUCCCGCCGAAGUCUUUCCCAACGCCUCUAGGUCCAAGGGAGUAGCACUUGCUACAGCCACAGUCUGGCUCUUCAAUUUCAUUGUGGGCGUCGCAACACCGCCGAUGAUUGAGAGUAUCGGUUUCGGCGUUUAUAUCUUCUUCGGGUCUUGGUGUUUCCUCGCGGCUGUUUGGGCGUUCUUCCUGGUCCCAGAGACUAAGGGGAAGACGUUGGAGCAGAUGGACGAGAUCUUCGGUGACCAUGCAGGUCAGGAGGAGUUGGAAAUUAUGCAAUCUAGGAUGGGUAUCGCCGACUAUGGGCUGAAGAAGGAUGUGGUGCAGGUCUGA